CUCGAACAUCGAUGUUAUAAAAAAACUCCAAUUUAGAUAUAUCGACGUUUUGUAAGGACUAAACUAAAAUCUUUUUAUUUUAUUUACUUAGAGUGCAGAAGAGCCCUGUUUCACGUUGUGUAAAAAUGAAUCACUGUCAUAUUUGCGAGUAGUUUUCAGUCACGUUUUUUUUUUAGAAACAUGGCGUCUCCCUUGCUGAAGGUUGCAGUGAGAGGUCUUUCCAGGUGCAUACGCUAUACAACACCAUCUCUCAGAGCCUUCUCUUCAUCGGCCCAACUUCAACUCCCAUCGUCAGUCUGGAAGCUCGGUAGGUUGAAUCAUGUCGCCAUAGCCGUGCCUGACCUGGAGAAGGCCACCGCUCUGUACCGCGACGUGCUCGGUGCUCAGGUGAGCGCAACUUUGCCUCUGCCUGAGCACGGCGUGUCUACCGUGUUUGUGGAGCUGGGCAACACCAAGCUAGAACUCCUGCAUCCGCUGGGGGAGAAAAGUCCUAUAGCCGGAUUCCUUCAGAAGAACAAAUCUGGGGGGAUGCAUCAUAUCUGCAUAGAGGUUGAUGACAUCAAGGCAGCCAUUUUGGCUCUGAAAGCACAAAACAUCCGCAUGUUGUCUGCAGAGCCACGAAUAGGGGCCCAUGGGAAACCAGUCAUGUUCCUACACCCAAAAGACUGUGACGGCGUGCUAGUGGAGUUGGAGGAAGCAUAACACUUGUGCCUCUCAGUGGUAGCCCAGUCCUGCUCUAUAUGGGCUGCGUGUCUGGAGAGAGCCGAAUGCAGGCCUGCCCUCCGUGUGCCGAAGUCAUUUGCAUCACUUGUAUCCAUAACCAGAGAGUCAAAUCAACGUGCUACAAUGUUUUAGGGCAAGUUCUGGGUCUUUAUCCCCACCGGGUGUCUGUGGAAGUGAAUUGACGAUCUCUUAAUGAAAGUGUUUAGAAGUUAAAUGGGUGGUUGAAUGCUUGUGGCACACGUCAGAUUCAGGAAAAGGACUGCUCUUACCCCAGGUUGCGAUUGAAUCUUUGUUUUUUUGUUGUUUUGCUGUGUUUCUUCUGUUUAAUCACCAUGUGCGUGUACAGAAUUAUACAGAGUCCUUUGCCUUAAAGAUUAUUCUCCUGGUGUUCCUCCAAGAACUCAUUUUUUUUGUAUCUCUGUGUGACACAAAUUAGGAGGUAAAGCAUGUGGAUGGUUUUGACAAUGGCAGAGUGAGAGAAAAGGAAUAAAACAUCGUCCUACUUGCAUGUACACUGGUUUGUUGAAUCGAUAAGUGAUUUGUCAUAAAGAUAGAAUUUCUGUGAAAUAAAUACAUAAAUUGAAUUUA